GUCAUUGAACAGUGAAGAUGAUCAUCAUUUUUCUUGCUCUUCUUGUUUUGCCAGCUAUUGAAGGCUGUGGAAAGCGUCCCAUGUGGGCGCGAGUUAUCAACGGUCAAGAUGCCACUCCACAUGCAUGGCCAUGGCAGGUAUCACUGCGCGUGCGUGGAAGACAUAUUUGUGGCGGUUCGUUGAUUAGAAGUGACUGGGUGUUGACGGCCGCCCACUGUGUGGACAGGAAUCCCAACCCAAGUGGUUAUACGGUGGUAGUAGGUGCACAUCGACGAACUGGAAGUACUUCAGUMCARCAGACUUUAAGACUCAAGAAACUAAUCAAGCAUUCUGGCUUUUCUAUGCAGAAUCUAAAGCACGAUGUGGCACUGCUACAGCUAGAGAGACCAGUUAGUAUUAGUGAUAAGGUUGGACUUGCCUGUCUGCCGUCGCGAGAGGCACAAGUUGGGGCGAAAUGUUACAUAACAGGUUGGGGUAAAACCAUCGGGACGGGCAGUCAAUUGCCAGAUAUUCUGCAACAAGCAAUGCUCCCUAUUGCUUCUCAUGAAAAGUGCAAACAAAAAUACAGCAUUUUAGAUAGGUCUGCUCAUCUGUGCGCCGGUGAAGCUCGUGCAGGAGCGUCUGGGGGAUGCAAUGGUGAUAGUGGUGGGCCAUUAGUUUGCAAUGAUAAUGGACGAUGGGUACUUCAUGGAGCGGUUAGUUUUGGUCAAAGGAACUGUCCAACAACUCACUACACUGUGUUUGCUAGAGUCAACAGCUACCUGAAUUGGAUGAAUAAACAUAUGGGAGGACCUAUGCCUCCCACAAAUGGUCCUCCACCGCCUCCUCCACCUCCAAUUCCAAGCCCAGGACCUCCAACUCCACCACCACCACCUGGGACACCUCCACCUCCUCCACCACCUCCUCCUCCACCACCCGGAGGAUGUAAGAAUUGGAAUGAUCGCUUUUGCAAUGCACAAACAAGCACUCCAGCUCUUAAAAAAGCCACUUGCARUCAUCCAGUUUCAGGAMCUCUUUGCAAGAAAAGUUGUGGGAAAUGCCGUUAAGUUCCAAGGAAAACUGAUAAAGACAUGAAUAAAAACAUGAAAAAAAUAA